AUGGAUUCUCUACAUAAAGGAUGGUUUACAGAAUUUUCUCCAGAUGAUGCUGAUCGCAUUGCUGGCUCUGAUGGUGGUACUAAAAUGAUGCAUUUGGACGGGCAGGAAAUGUCUGGUGCUUGGACUGGGCAGGCAUUUUCUUUGGAUAUUGACAAAGUUUUGUUUCAUCAAAAAUCAAAAUAUCAGGACGUUCUUGUGUUGAAAAGCAAAACCUUUGGAAACGUUCUCGUCCUCGAUGGAGUUAUACAAACAACAGAUAGAGAUGAAUUUGCUUAUCAGGAAAUGCUUGCACAUUUACCAAUGUUUUAAUUAUUGGUGGGGGAGAUGGAGGUAUUU